ACGAAACAUAUCGUUGUUCAACUAUCUUGUCCUGUUCUUUCCUGGCCAUCAAUAAGGUAGGAUCAAGAAAAAUGGGGAGUUCACCAAAAUGUUUGUAUGUGACUGUGAUUUUUGCGUUGAUGUUAUUGGUCAUAGCCAACGCACGCGACACUAUUGAUGCCGCCACCGUUGCUCCUCCGCCUCAAGGUUCGGCCGGGGAAAUUAUACAAAAAUGUGCUUCCGAGUGUAUCAUGAAAUUCUGUCGCUCAUCCGUUGUUUUCCUCCAAAAUUGCCAAAAAGGCUGUUUCAAGAGCUGUUUGCGUCGAACACUGGCAAAACUCAAAAGGAAUAGAAAUGCACGAUCAUGACCAAUUGUAUUGAUUAUUGAACACAAUGUAAUAAUAAUGGCAAAUGGUGGAGUUUGAUAAAUAUAUGGUAUGUUUAAUGUUUCAUGCAUGUACUUGGUACCUUAACGGGUAGACAUUUGGUGAAUGCAUGCGAGUAUUUAUCUUGA